UCUUACUGUGAACGAGAAGGAGUUUGGAGCCAGCAACCGAAAAAAACAAAGUGAGCAUUGACGCUGUAAGGGAAAAGACAAGCACAGAGUUUAUGCUUCAGACAUAAAACUUCUCUUUUUAAUUGGAAUACAGUACAAUUCUACAGGUUUUAAUUUAGUUGGUUUGUCAGGAGUGCUGAGAGGAGUCAGACCAGAGAGGAGUUACUUGUUGUGAAUUAAUCAGGUGUGUCUAAAGUCUGAGAAUUGUUCUAAGUUGACAUCAUUUACACCUCAACAAAGAAGAAGGCAAACAAGAAAAGGGGGACACACAAGGCAUUUUAUGUUGCAAGACUGCAGCAUUCUUCGUACAAACCUUAACAUUCCUUUAUGAUGGCAGACUGUGUGAUAGAAGACUCAGAUUACUACCCAGGAAAGGAUGACUUGGACUGGGGAUAUGAAGAGGGUGUGGAGUGGGGGUUGUUGUUUCCUGAGGCCAACGGUGAGAACCAGUCACCUAUAAACCUCAACUCUAGGGAAGCAUGCUAUGACCCCAGGUUGCUGGAGGUGGGCCUCACACCAAACUAUGUGGUGUGCCGAGACUGUGAGGUUAUCAAUGAUGGACAUACUGUGAGGAUAAUGCUGAAAUCCAAAUCAGUGGUGACCGGGGGGCCCCUUCCAAGUGACCAUGAAUAUGAGCUACAUGAGGUGCGCUUUCAUUGGGGCAAAGAGAAUCAACGUGGUUCAGAGCACACUGUCAACUUCAAGGCCUUUCCUAUGGAGCUGCAUCUUAUCCACUGGAAUUCAACACUCUUCAACAGUGUAGAAGAGGCUCUUGGGAAGAAAAAUGGUGUUCUCAUUAUUGCUCUUUUUGUGCAGAUAGGGAAAGAACAUCUUGGACUGAAAGCCAUUACUGAGGUCCUUCAAGAUCUACAGUAUAAGGGGAAGACGAAGAUAAUACCAUGUUUUAAUCCAAACACAUUGCUCCCAGAUCCCCUGUUAAGAGAUUACUGGGUAUAUGAGGGAUCCUUGACAACACCUCCUUGCAGUGAGAAUGUCACCUGGAUCCUAUAUCGCUACCCACUCACAAUCUCCCAGAUUCAGAUAGAAGAAUUCCGAAGACUUAGGUCUCAUGUCAAAGGAGCAGAGUUACCAGAGGGGAAUGAUGGGAUGUUGGGAGACAACUUUAGGCCCACUCAACCCCUCAGUGACAGGAUAGUGCGGGCUGCUUUCCAGUAGAACUUCUGUCUUUGGGUUCCAAAGUGGCAUUCACUUGUGGCAAGUACAGUUUGUUUUAAAAUUACUGUCAGAUCUGUUC